AUGGCCGGGAUCUCCUACGGCGCGGGCCUGGCGCUGCUGGGGGCCGCCUUCGACGAGCGCGUGAAGGUGGUGGUCGCCAUGAGCGGCUGGACCGACUUCUCCCAGGCGCUCUUCAAAAGCAACACCCCGAGCCUGGUGUGGGGCUCGCUGCUGGUGCUGCUGGGCCACGUGGUGGGCCACCCCGAGCCCGAGCUGGACCAGAUCUACAAGCAGCUCCUGGCCGGGGACCCCUCGGGCUUCCUGCCCUUCGCGCAGCUCCGGUCCGUGGACCUCGCCAAGCUGCAGGCUCGGAAAGUUCCGAUCUUCAUGUCCAACAACUUUGAGGACCGGAUUUUCUACCCGCAAGAUGCCCUCCACUUUUUGGAGCGGUAUCAGGGUCCAAAGCGAGUGCUGCUGAACCAGGGCAUCCACGCCAGCGCGGAGAUCCCGGGGCUCUUCGGGCUGCCCAGCCACGUGUGGCAGGAAGCGAAGAAGUGGCUGGCCACUCACCUCCUGAACGACACCAGUCUCCCGGCGCCUCCGCUCUUGGAGAUGCAGCUGCGCUCCAACUGGAAAGUGCGUGAGACCUUCGACCUGUGGCCCAGCGCCCGAGUGCUGCCCACGCUGCUGGCGCCUGCGCCCCGUGGGGCGAACCAACAUGGCGCCCUGGGCGCCGCAGCGCCCUCGCCCUCCGACUUCGAGACGAUCACCUUCGGGAAGUCCACUGGGAUUAGCGCAGGCUUCCCCAUCGUGGGGGAGGCGCUGCAGGUCUUCGUGGACAAGCGCAUCCGCUCCAAGCUGGGGUCCAGCUCCAGGGACCACGCCAUUUGGUACUACAAGGAGGUCUCCCAUUCGCGUCUCUGCGGCACGCCCACGCUGAGCCUGGAUGUGACCGCCUCCCACAGCAAGUGGCAGGUCGUGGCCUACCUCUUCGGGGUCAGCCGCAUCACCAAAGUAGGCACGCUGAUCAGCCACGGCACCGUGACCUGUUGGAACUGCACCGCGGGCGCCCGAGGUGUGCACCAUCUGGAGAUGCGCACCCUUUGCGAGGACUUGGGGGGCCUUGGCAUGGGCGGGCUCGGCCUGGCCUUGAACUUGUUCUCGGAGCUUUAUGAGCCGGCCAACCAGGAGGCCGGGCUGAGCGUGAGCUUCCACUACUCCAAGGACUUUGCGCUCACCAUUCCGGAGACCGACUCGAGUUCGGCGAGCGCGAACACAACGCUGGUGGUGUGA